AUGAAAGCUGCAAGAUUGGAAACUGAACCUACAUAUUUAGAUAGGAUUACUCACUUACCUGACGAUUUGCUUUUCCGAAUACUCUCAUUCAUUCCUGUAAGUGAUGCUAUGGCCACAAGUUUGCUAUCUAAACGAUGGACAUCUCUGUGGAAGAUGAUGCCAACACUUGAGUAUGAUGAGAACUAUUGUCCCAACAUUGGUUCAUAUAGAUAUCACAAAUUCUGCAAGAGGUCACUGGAAUUACAUAAAGGUCCGGUUCUUAAAACCCUAAACCUUAAACUUAAGAAUCCCUCCUUUGACUUCUUAGAUUCACUGCUGUUUCCAAGAAUUAGUUCCACUCUCCUCGAAGUCACAGUCACCUCUACGUCUACGUCUACGUCUUACCCUCGUUAUUAUAGUAUGAUCACUUUCCCAAAUAACCUCAGAGUCUUUCACACAGUAGUUGUUUUGAAACUCCAAGGCCAGAUUCUUAUUGAUGUUGUUGAUUCUCCAGUUUGCUUCAUGUCUUUGAAAACUUUAUAUCUCACAUGUGUGAACUUCAAGCGCGAAGAAUCAUUCGGUACACUGUUAUCGUCGUGUCCUGUUCUUGAAUGUCUUUUCCUCCAAAGACUUUGCACUGUCGGCCGUUUUUUGUUCUCCAUAUCAGUCCCUUCUCUAGAAAGAUUAUUCAUCACUAAAGAGGCUGCUUAUAAUUUUAAAGAUGACUCAAUAAUUGAGAUAAAUGCUCCUUCUUUGAAUUACUUGGAGAUCAAGGAUCGCAGAGGUAGUUUUGAUUCUGUUGAGGAUAUGCCGAAAUUGGUAGAUGCACAUGUGGCAGUUAAUUUGUCAAAAACUGGAAAGUUUCUUAAAGCUCUUACUUCGGCUAAGCAUCUUUGGCUAGAUUUAUAUCCUUCAAUGGUUUUUCACCAUACAAAUAGGUUCAUCCCCAAGCAGCUUCUUUAUCUGGAGUUAAACAUUUAUGAGAAUUUUCAGUCAAAUCUACUUCUGAGUUUGCUGAAAGAUUUCCCUAAUUUACAAGCUCUCAAGCUCAACCACACACAUCCCAACUAUGAUAUCGAGGAUCAACCGUGUUUAGUCUCUAAACCGAGCUCCGUUCCUGAAUGCUUAAGCUUCCAUCUCGAGACUUUUCAAUGGAUAGGCUACUCAGGGACAGAUGAAGACAUAGAAGUUGCGGUAUACGUUUUGAAAAAUGCUCGUUGUUUAAAGAAUGCUACGAUCUCUCUACAUUCAAUGGGCACAGAGAAUAAUCUGAUGAUGAUUAAUGAGUUGAAAUCUAUGUCUAAAGCUUCAACCAUGUGUCAGCUUGUAACUAAAUUUUAG